AUGGGUCGCAAACCCCAUCCCCUCGUUCUGGAAUUCUUUACGCGCGGACCCAAGCUGGAGGACGCCAGUAACAGAUACCAGUACAACUGCAAAGCCUGCGGUGAAAAGUUCCCCAAGGGCCGCAUCGACAGCCUCAUCAAUCAUCUGGUGAAGAAAUGCCAGGCGAUUUCGAUGCCCGUCCGCCAAUCUGUUGUUAUGCGAGUCCACGAUCUCCCCGCGCUCGACGACAGUGACCCAAACAAAGCAGCCGUGCUCGCAAGACUCCAGAAAGGUGCAAAGUCUGAAUUACCGUAUUCGACGCGACCGGCUUUCGACGGCCUCAAUGUGUUGGCUGAGGCGUCGAGGCAAGUCGGCGCAUCCGACCAAACCAAGCGCGGCCCCAAAUUCACCCAAUCAAUGACUGUGGGCGGCAAAACCGUGAUGAUUGACCCGGCUCUGGAAGCUGAAGCCUUUCAGGCCCAAGGCGAGGUAACUGAUGAGGCCAUGCUCGCUGGAGUUGCCGCAGCUGCCUCCAUGACUCCCACCCCUUCAGCACCCGGUGAUCAAGCUCUGUCCGACUCGCCAUCCAUGGCCCAAACCCAAAAUGACUCUCUAUCUGUGGAGCCGACUACCACGGGGGCUCAGUCUUCAUCUCAAUUGUCUUUAAUUGCAGCCUCUGCGAGUGAAAUGGCUUCACAGAGCCUGGCAAUGGAUGCCGAAACAGGGUCACUGGCAGAUGGUCUCCCACGACUCGGUCAGCCAUGGCCUGAUCAUCAAUUGUCGAGUACAGAUCAGUACCUUCUCGAAAGUCUCCAGGCGUCAGAUCCCUCCCUGACAGCCACCCAACGUGCUGUCACGUACCCCCGCCCUAUCGCAAUGAACCCAAAUACUUCGUCAUCCAAAGGACCAUUUAUCAACGACUUCGGUUCUCCUUCCAAACCUUCACGGCCAAAGGUUCGCGGAAGGUUCAGUGCAGACCGUAGAAAGGAAGUACAGGAGGUGCGUAAGAGAGGUGCCUGCAUUCGCUGCCGAAUGCUCAAGAAACCAUGCUCUGGAGAAAGUCCUUGCAACACAUGCGCGUCUGUCGAAAGCGCCCGUCUUUGGAAGCAGCCGUGCAUUCGCACCCGUCUUGUUGAAGAAUUCGAACUUUAUGGGGCUGGCCUUCAUACGACUCUCGCUUAUCACGAUGUCAACUCUACGAAAGCUCAAGGCAACUUUGAAAACUAUGUUGGACGCAUCGAGGCUGCCCACAUGGAUGACAGUCCUUUGUUUGUGACUUUCGCUGGUAGCAUCGGCCAUAAAGCUGGUCUGUCCGCUAUCGAUCCUCAACUACGAGCCCUAGUCGAUGAUGGCCAGUUUUCGGGAUCAGCCCAGGAAAUGUACAUGUUGGAUAAUGAUAGUGAUGAUCUCCCGGGGAAAUUGGAGGUUUACAUCAAAAAGAUGGCCCCUUCUUUCAUUGAAGCAGAACCUUCGGGCUUUAUGAAACAGACUCUAGUUCUGGCUUCGCAGUUAGCUCAAGAUAAAAAGGAUUUGCUCCUCGACCGCGCUUUAGAGUUGUGGUAUGCAACCCACGUCCUUGUCGAUUCUGAGUUGCAGUGGAAGCUCUAUUACAAUUCUACAUUGCCUCCCACGGCCACCAACACUUUGGCUCCGUCAUCUGAUGAGGGGCGUGUGCUAAUUGAUCGUAAUGCCAACGUCGAUUCUUACAACCUUCUAUGCAGUCAGCUUCGCGGUGCCGUUGAGAAGCGUGCGGGGCAAUUGAGUAAAGUUGUUAUGAACGACCUCGAACGCCGGCUGCUUCAGCGACAGCACACUGGCUGGUUCGAAACAUUUUUGGUUGCCGUCAUUCUCCUCAAUUGCGUGGAGCGAGCCUGUUGGCUAUUCACUACGUGGGAAGACGAAAGCUUUGCGGGACGUUGGCCUCUUGAUAAACGACCCCAGUACUAUGCCAGCCAAGGGGAUAGGUUUUCAGAUAUCCUCCACAUGCUCUUGCGGAUGCGUAGUCUGCCUCCAAAGACCGUUGUCGAUACAGAGACCGGUCUUCUCAAAGCAGUGGAAAAUAGUGAUAACAGCGCUAUCCUGUGGUUCGAUACAAUUCAGCUAUCACUCGGGUUCCUAGAACAACGUCAACUUGCUCAAUUUGAUGCCCAAAAUUCUCGCUGCUUUGAAUUGAAGUAUGCGUCAAAAAUUCUCAAACCUGCUCCCAUCUAG